GCAGAGACACUCGCUGCUGCUUCUCCCGUUGUUAAAGAGAUCAGCCAGACGUGUGGCGUCAUCUAAUCCUGUUUUCAUGUCUGGGCAGGUCAUAGGUCAAAUCCCCAUAAGAGCCGACACCGAGGAAGGCACGAGUCAUCUCCGACCUGGCGAUGGAUCUGUAGCACCUGCCUGAGAGCUCCAUUGCUUGGGUUGCAUUUACUGUAGAAGCGAAUUUGGGAAUAUGGAUUCCAUCCUGUCACUGAGCGCUCCGCUGAAGCACUUCACUUACGGCUGCGUGUCUUCCAAAAGUUCCUCGGCCAAAAACGCUGCCAAAUCUCGAGCGUCCGUCCGCAGGAGCAGCUUCACGCGACGGAGGAGCAUCAGCAGAAGACGAAGUCUCCCGUGCAGCAGCCAGAAGGUUCCAGACUCAUGGCUGCGAGCCUACCAGGCCGAGCUGAAGAGGGAGAGGAAGCGGCAGCAAGCGAUAAUAGCCAAGAAGAACGCGGAGAGGUCAGUGAGGAGGUCGCACUUCCGGAGACAACACUGUCUCCCCAGGAGCACCAGCGCCGCUGCCAAGAAGCCAGCAGCCGCCGCCAAGGACGAGUCCUUCUUUGGGGCCUUCCAGGGCCUCAGCCUUGAUGGGAUGAUGCAAGGCGCCAACGCAUCAGCUGCUGUUGCUGCACCCAGCGCUGGAGGCGACCCAUGCAAAGUCAUGUGAAUACGUUCAGACUCUUUUUCCAGAGAGCUGCCUGCCAAAGAGACUCCACUUGAAAACUUGGAAUUAAACUGCUCUUGCUUUAA